AUUUGGAUUUUCGUCCCUUUCUCGCGCCUCGUUAGCGGUGUUUGAAAACAAGUGUGUUCACGGCGCGGGAAGAGGCCUUUGACUUUGAUCUGGUUCUAUUUUAAUUUUUAAUUCGGCAUAAGAGUUCUUGACAGCCGAUGAUUAUCACCUGAGAAUCUCGUAUAGUGUAAUAAUAACUUUUUCAUAAUGAAAUGCGUAGUGCCGGGUGCUAACGUCAAAGUUUUAGCAAAAGCCAUUCAUUCGUUGGCCAAAAUUGGGGAUGAGAUGUACAUCAAACCGCAAGAUACAGGAAUUUCAUUCCAAACUGUAAACAUGGCUAGAUCAGCGUACGCUAGUUUCACAUUCUCAGAAAGUUACUUUUCGUAUUAUAGUUAUGGUAAUUUGGAGGAAGAUGAUGCUCUGAGGUGUCAAGUUACCAUGCGCUCUGCAAUGGCUGUUUUUAAAGCACCAGGUACUUUGGACCGGCAAGUGGAAACCUGCCAAAUAAAUUUGGAAGCGAAUAGCUGUAAACUUGUUUUUGUAUUGAAGUAUAAAAAUGGCAUCACAAAAACACAUUUUCUACCAAUUAUUGAUUGCCAAAUUUUACAGGCAGCCUUUUCCUCUAAAUCAUCUCCCAAUCAACUAACUGCACAGUACAAAGUUCUAUCAGAUGCAAUGCAAAACUUCCAACAGCUAGGUCUAAUUGAAAUAACUUUGGAAGUAACGCCACAGAAAGUAUUGCUCAGAAACUAUGUUGACGAUACUUCAGAUUUGUCCAAAGUUACCAGAACACAGUUAGCACUUGGAGUUGGAGAAUUUGAGGAACACAAAAUUGGAAAAGAUACUGCUAUAACUUUUUGUGUAAAAGAAUUUAAAGCUCUUCUAAGUUUUGCGGAAGCAGUGUCCUUGCCAGUUAGCAUACACUUUGAAGCAGCAGGAAAACCAGUGAUAUUUGUAAUGAAAAGUUUGACAUUUGAAUCAAGUAUAGUUUUGUCUACAUUAAACCCUGAAGGAGAUACUCGAUCAGAAGCUUCGACAUUUCGUAGUCGAGAACAAACAAUGCUUAAAAAUGCAGCUGCCAGGAAACGAAUACCGAAAAAAACUAAUGCAUCUGCUAGUCGCAAGCCAAGAAAUCAACCAAAAAAUGUCAAAGCUAGAUACAAUACGUCUGCUAUUUCACCUAUGGAAGUUACAAAUAUGAAAGUACACAAAAACUAUGAGUCACACCAGGAAGAUUUAAUGAACACUGACUCAAAUGAGGAUUGUUUACUUUCAACUGUCGGCAUAAAAUCAGUCAGUUCGAAUAUAGCUUAUGAAACAAACGUUCGUCUAAGUACAGAAAAUCGCAGUCGAAUAUCAACUGAUUCAAUAUCAGUUCCGAGUUCGAAAAACACUGCCAAAUCAAUUUUUUCCACUAUAAUAAAUGAUGCAGCAAGGUCGGAAACUAACUCUACAGAAAUUGUCAAAGAAGAUCUUGUUCCCAAUUCACCACCAAAACCAGCUAGUAAAAAAGCGAAGACCAUUUUCAAGAAAUGUUUUCAAACAACAUUUGAUCCAAGAAUGCUUCCAGGACAUGAUGUUGUUUUAGCUGAGGAUACUGACGACAGUGAUUGAUAUUACUGACAUUUAUCCUUGUACCUUGCAAAUAAAUGAAAGAUUUGUUACUAUAUAUCACAAAAUCGGUUGUUACUGC